UUUUUUUCUUCAAAGGCUGAACAAUCUUUGAUGCGAUGUUUUCCAACAACAUCUUUAUUAUACCAUUAUUAGAUUAAAGUGCGUGUGUGGAAAUUUGAAUAUCUCUCUCUCUCAUAAUUAGCUCAUCAAGCUCCUCCUUCAUUUUCUUAUUCGUACUAGAUUUCUCUUUUGCCUUUUUAUUUGGUAGAGCUCUGCUGGUUCAUGGAUAUUGAGCCCUGCUUGAAGUUUUGGGGGGUGUUUUUUUCUUCUUUAUAAUUGCAUGGCAACUACAAUUGAUCAAACCAGCAUCAAGUCAUUGCAUUUCCAUCAAGUCAUCCGUUUGAUCAUCACAAUCAUCUUCUUAGCUUUCUUAUUUCUCAUUGGCCCUACAAGUUCCAUGAAUCAUCACCUUCAUGAAUCCUCAUCUAAGAACACUAUGGCUCCUUCCAAGAGGUUCCUUCUACAACCUUCCACUCCAUCUUCAUCUACUAUGAAAAUGCGUCCAACAGCUCACCCUAGACGCAGUGGCACUUCUUCUUCUUCGGCGAGGAAGAGGAGGAGAGAGUUCAGAGCUGAAGCUCAUGAGGUUCCAAGUGGUCCAAACCCUAUCUCCAACUAGGUGAGCAACCGGUUUUUUGGGUAAGGUAAUUUAAUUAAUUAAAUAUUUGGGGUGUUUGGAGAUGAGUUAAUGUAUAUUAUUAAUAUUGAAUUUUGUAAUGGAUGGAGAGAAUUGUCAUGGAUUCUUAAUUAUAUAUCUAUGUUUCCUUUACGAAUUUCCCUUCUUCGUUUAUUGAAAUCUUUUGAUCUUCGUCUUCUAAGUUUUGGAAGUUAGCAUUGUAUGAGAAAAGGAGAGACAAAUACUUUUCACAUGUGUAUGUAUCCAUCUGUAUAUAAUUCCCUCACAUUUCUGUUUUAUUUCUUUUAUAUAUUUAGUGAUGCAUGUAUAUAUAAUAUAUCUAUAAUUUUAAACCAAAUAUAUAUAUAUAUAUAUAUAUAUAAAUGGGGACAUACGAAUGAUAAUAUGCCAAAAAUCAAUUGGCUGCUUAUUAUAUUAGAGCUUAUUCUAUUGGGUUACUCUCAGAGAAAAAAAAAUAGUUGAACACAAGAAAAUUUAAAAUCUACGGUAAAUAAUUUAAGAAUGUGGAAUAUACAUUAUUUCAUUUUAACGACACUUUUAUACUUAACGAUACAAUUUUAAGAGUAAAAAAUGGUUUGAAUAGUUAUAUAUCAAAAUAAAUACAUGUUUAGACUAAGUUGUAUUCUAUGGAUUAUUAAUCUCGGUUUAAGGUGGUUUUUGUUAAGUCAUCGGUUAUUAGAGUUUCACGUCAAAAAACUGUGAAGUGGAUGUUUAAGUGGUGUGCAUACAAAUUUUUAACCUAUUUGACCUAUUUUUACUCUUUCUUUUUUUUAACCUAGAAAAAAACUAUUUCAUUAAAAUUAAAAAUAGUUUAGACUUACGAUGUGAAUAUUAUACACAAAUGAUCUCAUGAC